AUGCAGGUGAUUUUUGAGGCUGUCCGAGGACUGACAGAGUAUGGGGAUACAGCACUGGACAAUGUGAGAGUAAGGGAUGGACCCUGUGAAGCUGUCCCUACACCUGUACCACCAACACCUACACCAACAGAACCUACACCACCUCCAGUGACAGAAGCUAUUUGCAGUAUACAUGGGGAUCCUCACUACAACACCUUUGACAAGCAGCGUCAUGACUUCAUGGGCACCUGCACCUAUACCCUCUCCAAGCUGUGUGAGAGCAACAGCUCCCUGCCUUACUUCAACGUGGAAGCCGCCAAUGAGCACAGGGGAGGCAACACCCACGUGUCCUAUGUCCAGUAUGUGGAUAUCGAUGUCUAUGGCUACAGGAUCAACCUCGGUCAAAAAAGAGCUGUUAAGGUCAAUGGAGUCAGCCAGGUGGUCCCUGUGACCUUGGUCCCGGGUGUCAGUAUUUCCUUCAGUGGACAGUAUGUUGUGGUUACUACUGACUUUGGCCUGAAAGUCAAGUUUGAUGGAAAUCACAGAGCAGAAAUCACUCUUCCCAGUACCUAUAUGUCUAAAGUCUGUGGAAUAUGUGGAAAUUACAACAGGCACAAAGCAGAUGACUUUCUUAACCCAGAUGGAGAGAUGGAACCAAACUCAACCAGCCUUGGCAACAGUUGGCAGGUUUACAAUGACUCCAGGUGCUCACCAGAUGAUGGCCAUACUCCAAACUGCACUGAUGAUGAAAAACACAUGAUUCAAAGCAAUGCCUACUGUGGUCUGAUCACAGAUCCAAAUGGUCCAUUCCAGAACUGCCACUCAUUAGUUGAUCCACAGAGUUAUUUUGAAGAUUGCCAGUAUGAUCUCUGUGAACUUCAUUUGAACAAUGAAGCCCUCUGUGAAAGCCUACAGGCUUAUGCAGACGUGUGCCAAGCUGCAGGAGUCCAGCUGGCACCAUGGAGAAAUGCAACCUUCUGCCGUACUCACUAUGAGCCCUGUGCUGCAGCCUGCCCUGCCACCUGUGUGGACCCAAUGGCUCCCUACAACUGCAGCCUGCCGUGCGUGGAGGGCUGUGUGUGUGACAGUGGGUACCUGCUCUACAAUGACCGCUGUGUGCCCAGCCAGCAGUGUGGGUGCUGGCACAAUGGGCAGCACUACCCCGUGGGCUCUGAGUUCUGGACGGACGACACCUGCUCCUCCAAGUGCACGUGUCCUGCACGGGGAAGCAAAGUCCAGUGCUUCAACGCCUCCUGCCCUGAGGGCCUGUACUGUGGGGUGCAGAACGGGAAACCUGCGUGCCUCGAACACUCCUACGGCAUCUGCCACGUCCACGGAGACCCCCACUACAAAACCUUUGACAAGGUGACGCACAACUUCAUGGGCAACUGCACCUACACGCUGGCCAAAGUGUGCUCCAACAUCACCUCCCUGCCCUACUUCAACGUGGAGGCCAAGAACGAGCACCGUGGCAACACCCGAGUGUCCUACGUGCGCGAAGUGGUGGUUGAGGUGUACGGACAGCGCAUUGUCAUCCUCAAGCAGCAGAAGAGCCACGUGCUGGUGAACGACGUGCGCCAGACGUUGCCGGUGAGUGCAGCGGGAGGGGCCAUCACGGUGAGCAAGAGUGGUCGCUACAUCGUCCUGGAGACAGACUUCAACCUCAGAGUGUCCUACGACACUGACCACUCGGUGGAGGUGAAGGUGCCCACCACCUACUUCAACCUGACCUGUGGCAUGUGUGGGAACUUCAACAACCGCAGAGACGACGAAUACAUGAUGCCCAACGGGCAGCAAGCCGCAGACUCCAAUGCGCUGGGGGAGAGCUGGCAGGUCCCAGACAGUGACCCCUCCUGCGGUGUCCCCGUCCCCUCCCCACCCUGCAGUGCAGAAGAGGAGAAGCUCUACAGGUCCGACCAGUUCUGUGGCAUACUGACAACCAGGCCUAGCUCUUUUGAGAGUUGCCACGGCGUGAUCAACCCCCAGGACUACUUUGACACCUGCUUGUAUGACCUGUGUGCCCUGAAUGGUGGCCAGGAGUUCCUGUGUGCUGCUCUGGAGGCCUAUGCUGACGCGUGCCAGGCAGCUGGUGUGACUUUGCUUCCCUGGAGGAAUGCUACCUUCUGCCCUAUUGCAUGCCCUCCCAAUAGUCAUUACAAUCCAUGCACCAGUGCUUGCCCAGCAACCUGCACUGACCCUCUUGCAUCGCAGAACUGCAGCAGACCUUGUGUAGAAGGAUGUGAAUGCAACAGUGGCUUUGUCCUCAGUGGAGGACAGUGUGUGUCCAUGAGCAACUGUGGCUGCUUUCAGAAUGGCAAAUAUUAUGAGGAAACCAAUGACAGCUUUGACUGGAUAAGGCACAAGGGACCAACACCCACACCCAAUACUGGCCCUUCCCAUGACCACACGACUGGAGAGGGCUAUUACAUCUACCUGCAAGGAAGCAAGCAAGAGCCAAGUGAUGUAGCUCGCUUGGUCAGUCCAGUAUGCAGCUCAGAAGGACUUCACUGCUUCCGCUUCUGGUACCACAUGUAUGGAACAGCUGAAACAAUGGCUCUGCGUGUGUAUGUAGUUCAUAAUGAGACAUCAACACUGGAAUGGAAAGAUGCCGGAAACAAAGGGGACAGAUGGAACUUGGGAGAAGUCACGGUAUACAGCAGAGGAAAUAUGAAGAUUAUCCUGGAGGGCAUGAUUGGUGAAGAUGUUCAGAGCGAUGUAGCUUUGGAUGAUCUGUCCAUUCUAAAGGGACAAUGCACAGAUGUUACCCCAACAACACCAGGACCCAUCACCACAACACCAUCAGAAGAGACACCCACAUCAACACCCAUGCUAGAUUCAGGCACCUGUGUGGUGGAAGGAGAUCCUCACUACCACACGUUCGACAAGCAGUUACACCAUUUCAUGGGCACCUGCACCUACACCCUCUCCAAGCUGUGCGAGAGCAACAGCUCCCUGCCCUCCUUCAACGUGGAAGCGGCCAAUGAGCACAGGGGAGGCAACACUCGCGUGUCCUAUGUCCGAUACGUGGACGUUGAUGUGGCUGACCAGCGGAUAAGGCUGGGGCAGGGUGGAGUGGUGACGGUCAAUGGAGUGGCAGAGAUCCUGCCUUGCAGCCCAUCCGCGGGUGUGCAGGUCUUGUCCAGCGGGUUCUACACCAUGGUCAUGACAGACUUUGGCUUGAGAGUCAAGUUUGAUGGGAAGCAUCGGGUGGAGGUGACACUUCCGAGCACCUUUGGGCAGAAGGUUUGUGGCAUGUGUGGGAACUACAACGGGCUGGCAGCAGAUGACUUCCAGAACCCAGAAGGGGCAACGGAGCCAGACUCCACCAGCCUGGGCAACAGCUGGGAGGUGUCCAACAACAGCAGCUGCUCAGCCGGACCUCUGCCCACCCCAGCCUGCAAUGAGACCGACAAGCAACUCAUCGGCAGCAGCCAAUUCUGUGGGCUCCUCACUGACACCAGUGGCCCGUUUCAGGUGUGCCACGCUGUGCUGAACCCCAGCAACUACUUUGACACAUGCUUCUACGACCUGUGUGAGCUGGGGCUGGACCGUGAGGCCCUGUGCAAGAGCUUACAGUCCUAUGCAGAUGCCUGCCAGUCACUUGGUGUCCAGAUACCUGUGUGGAGGAACGCAACCUUCUGCCCGAUCACUUGUCCAUCCAACAGUCACUACGAGCCCUGUGCUGCAGCCUGCCCUGCCACCUGUGUGGACCCAAUGGCUCCUGUUACCUGCAGCCUGCCGUGCGUGGAGGGCUGUGUGUGUGACAGUGGGUACCUGCUCUACAAUGACCGCUGUGUGCCCAGCCAGCAGUGUGGGUGCUGGCACAAUGGGCAGCACUACCCCGUGGGCUCUGAGUUCUGGACGGACGACACCUGCUCCUCCAAGUGCACGUGUCCUGCACGGGGAAGCAAAGUCCAGUGCUUCAACGCCUCCUGCCCUGAGGGCCUGUACUGUGGGGUGCAGAACGGGAAACCUGCGUGCCUCGAACACUCCUACGGCAUCUGCCACGUCCACGGAGACCCCCACUACAAAACCUUUGACAAGGUGACGCACAACUUCAUGGGCAACUGCACCUACACGCUGGCCAAAGUGUGCUCCAACAUCACCUCCCUGCCCUACUUCAACGUGGAGGCCAAGAACGAGCACCGUGGCAACACCCGAGUGUCCUACGUGCGCGAAGUGGUGGUUGAGGUGUACGGACAGCGCAUUGUCAUCCUCAAGCAGCAGAAGAGCCACGUGCUGGUGAACGACGUGCGCCAGACGUUGCCGGUGAGUGCAGCGGGAGGGGCCAUCACGGUGAGCAAGAGUGGUCGCUACAUCGUCCUGGAGACAGACUUCAACCUCAGAGUGUCCUACGACACUGACCACUCGGUGGAGGUGAAGGUGCCCACCACCUACUUCAACCUGACCUGUGGCAUGUGUGGGAACUUCAACAACCGCAGAGACGACGAAUACAUGAUGCCCAACGGGCAGCAAGCCGCAGACUCCAAUGCGCUGGGGGAGAGCUGGCAGGUCCCAGACAGUGACCCCUCCUGCGGUGUCCCCGUCCCCUCCCCACCCUGCAGUGCAGAAGAGGAGAAGCUCUACAGGUCCGACCAGUUCUGUGGCAUACUGACAACCAGGCCUAGCUCUUUUGAGAGUUGCCACGGCGUGAUCAACCCCCAGGACUACUUUGACACCUGCUUGUAUGACCUGUGUGCCCUGAAUGGUGGCCAGGAGUUCCUGUGUGCUGCUCUGGAGGCCUAUGCUGACGCGUGCCAGGCAGCUGGUGUGACUUUGCUUCCCUGGAGGAAUGCUACCUUCUGCCCCCUUCAGUGUCCCCCCAACAGCUACUAUGACCCCUGCAUGACCGGCUGUCCUGCCACCUGUGCUGACCGACAAGCCCCACAGAACUGCUCCAAGCCUUGUGUGGAGGGCUGUGCAUGUAGCUCUGGUUUCCUCCUGAGUGGAGACACCUGUGUGCCCGAGGCCAACUGUGGCUGCCUCUUUGAGGGCAACUACUACACUGAAGGCGAAUACUCAGUGAAUGAGAACUGCACUCGCCGGUGCCGGUGUGAAGCCAAAGGCCAGAUGGUUUGCUCUGCCUUGUCCUGUGGCGAGGAUGAGGUCUGCAAGAUCCAGGAUGGCCAGAGGGGCUGUUACCCAGCCAGCACUGCCCUCUGCCACAUCUACGGUGACCCACAUUACAGCACCUUUGAUGGGAAGCUCCACCACUUCCAGGGCUCCUGCAACUACACGGUGGUGACAGGCUGUGACAACUCCUCCAUCGGGUUCAGUGUCACCACCCGCAACGAACAUCGCGGCAGCCAGAGCUGGACAGCUCUGAACUCUGUGGCACUGUCCCUCGAAGGCCUCCACAUUGCACUGCGCGAGCACAAGGCAGUCUACAUCAACGGUGCUCUGGUCUCCCUGCCUGCUUCUCCUGCCCCCGGUGUGACCAUUUCCCUGAGCGGCUCCUACGUACGGGUUUCUACCAAGCUGGGCCUGCAGCUGCAGUUCAAUGGGGACCAUGAGCUCCUAGUGAAGGUGUCUGAGAAGUACAAGGGCAAACUCUGUGGGCUGUGUGGGACAUACACUGGGAGCCAGCAGGACGACUUCAUGCGACCCGAUGGGGUGGUUGUGCCUGACUUCAAUGACUUUGGAGCCAGCUGGAUGGUGCCGGAUGAGGAGUGGCUGUGCGACCCAUCCAUCAGUCCACCUGCAUCCUGCUCCCCUGAUGAAGAGGAGGCAGCUAACAAGCAGUGUUCAAUCCUCACACACCUCGGUGGCCCCUUCCAGCCUUGCCAUGCAGUUCUGCCACCCAAGACGUACUUUGAGAGCUGUGUCUAUGACCAGUGUGCCACGGGUGGCAGCACGGAGCAGCUCUGCAAUGACCUGGGGGCCUAUGCUGCAGCCUGUGCUGAGGCAGGCAUUGCUCUGGGAGACUGGAGUGCUGGCACUGUUUGUGCUCCUACAACCUCGCCCCCCUUGCCAGGCACUACAACGCGGCCUCCACAUACAACAACAUCACAGUCACCUGGGACAAGCACAGCUCCACCAACUGACUGCAAUUUUGCCUGCACAUUUGACAAGGACCUCUGUGGGUGGGUCCAGGCAGAUUCCAGCAGCAUUGACUGGAUAAGGAACAAAGGCCCAACGCCCACGCCAAAUACCGGCCCCUCGUCUGACCACACAACAGGAGAGGGCUACUACAUCUUCCUGCAAGGGACUGCUGAUGCUCUCCCCGGCUUUGUGGCUCACCUGGUCAGUCCGGCAUGUAGCUGGGAAGGAACACUCUGCUUCCGCUUCUGGUACCACAUGUACGGAACUGCUGAAACAAUGGCCCUGCGGGUGUAUGUGCAGAAGGGUGAUGAGCUAGUGCCCGUCUGGCAAGAAGUUGGGAACCAUGGAGACAGGUGGCACUUGGGACAGGUCACGGUGCAGACCACAGGAAACAUGCAGAUUUUGCUGGAGGGAGAAUGGGGUGAAGAUGAGCGGAGCAACGUAGCAUUGGAUGAUCUCUCUGUUGAAAAGGGAUCCUGUGCAGGUCCACUUCCUACAACACCCUCUACCCCACUUCCUAACAUUACAACACAGACAACACCAAGACCACCACCAACAACACCUGGGAUGACCUCAGGCACCUGUGUGGUGGAAGGAGAUCCUCACUACCACACGUUCGACAAGCAGUUACACCAUUUCAUGGGCACCUGCACCUACACCCUCUCCAAGCUGUGCGAGAGCAACAGCUCCCUGCCCUCCUUCAACGUGGAAGCGGCCAAUGAGCACAGGGGAGGCAACACUCGCGUGUCCUAUGUCCGAUACGUGGACGUUGAUGUGGCUGACCAGCGGAUAAGGCUGGGGCAGGGUGGAGUGGUGACGGUCAAUGGAGUGGCAGAGAUCCUGCCUUGCAGCCCAUCCGCGGGUGUGCAGGUCUUGUCCAGCGGGUUCUACACCAUGGUCAUGACAGACUUUGGCUUGAGAGUCAAGUUUGAUGGGAAGCAUCGGGUGGAGGUGACACUUCCGAGCACCUUUGGGCAGAAGGUUUGUGGCAUGUGUGGGAACUACAACGGGCUGGCAGCAGAUGACUUCCAGAACCCAGAAGGGGCAACGGAGCCAGACUCCACCAGCCUGGGCAACAGCUGGGAGGUGUCCAACAACAGCAGCUGCUCAGCCGGACCUCUGCCCACCCCAGCCUGCAAUGAGACCGACAAGCAACUCAUCGGCAGCAGCCAAUUCUGUGGGCUCCUCACUGACACCAGUGGCCCGUUUCAGGUGUGCCACGCUGUGCUGAACCCCAGCAACUACUUUGACACAUGCUUCUACGACCUGUGUGAGCUGGGGCUGGACCGUGAGGCCCUGUGCAAGAGCUUACAGUCCUAUGCAGAUGCCUGCCAGUCACUUGGUGUCCAGAUACCUGUGUGGAGGAACGCAACCUUCUGCCCGAUCACUUGUCCAUCCAACAGUCACUACGAGCCCUGUGCUGCAGCCUGCCCUGCCACCUGUGUGGACCCAAUGGCUCCUGUUACCUGCAGCCUGCCGUGCGUGGAGGGCUGUGUGUGUGACAGUGGGUACCUGCUCUACAAUGACCGCUGUGUGCCCAGCCAGCAGUGUGGGUGCUGGCACAAUGGGCAGCACUACCCCGUGGGCUCUGAGUUCUGGACGGACGACACCUGCUCCUCCAAGUGCACGUGUCCUGCACGGGGAAGCAAAGUCCAGUGCUUCAACGCCUCCUGCCCUGAGGGCCUGUACUGUGGGGUGCAGAACGGGAAACCUGCGUGCCUCGAACACUCCUACGGCAUCUGCCACGUCCACGGAGACCCCCACUACAAAACCUUUGACAAGGUGACGCACAACUUCAUGGGCAACUGCACCUACACGCUGGCCAAAGUGUGCUCCAACAUCACCUCCCUGCCCUACUUCAACGUGGAGGCCAAGAACGAGCACCGUGGCAACACCCGAGUGUCCUACGUGCGCGAAGUGGUGGUUGAGGUGUACGGACAGCGCAUUGUCAUCCUCAAGCAGCAGAAGAGCCACGUGCUGGUGAACGACGUGCGCCAGACGUUGCCGGUGAGUGCAGCGGGAGGGGCCAUCACGGUGAGCAAGAGUGGUCGCUACAUCGUCCUGGAGACAGACUUCAACCUCAGAGUGUCCUACGACACUGACCACUCGGUGGAGGUGAAGGUGCCCACCACCUACUUCAACCUGACCUGUGGCAUGUGUGGGAACUUCAACAACCGCAGAGACGACGAAUACAUGAUGCCCAACGGGCAGCAAGCCGCAGACUCCAAUGCGCUGGGGGAGAGCUGGCAGGUCCCAGACAGUGACCCCUCCUGCGGUGUCCCCGUCCCCUCCCCACCCUGCAGUGCAGAAGAGGAGAAGCUCUACAGGUCCGACCAGUUCUGUGGCAUACUGACAACCAGGCCUAGCUCUUUUGAGAGUUGCCACGGCGUGAUCAACCCCCAGGACUACUUUGACACCUGCUUGUAUGACCUGUGUGCCCUGAAUGGUGGCCAGGAGUUCCUGUGUGCUGCUCUGGAGGCCUAUGCUGACGCGUGCCAGGCAGCUGGUGUGACUUUGCUUCCCUGGAGGAAUGCUACCUUCUGCCCCCUUCAGUGUCCCCCCAACAGCUACUAUGACCCCUGCAUGACCGGCUGUCCUGCCACCUGUGCUGACCGACAAGCCCCACAGAACUGCUCCAAGCCUUGUGUGGAGGGCUGUGCAUGUAGCUCUGGUUUCCUCCUGAGUGGAGACACCUGUGUGCCCGAGGCCAACUGUGGCUGCCUCUUUGAGGGCAACUACUACACUGAAGGCGAAUACUCAGUGAAUGAGAACUGCACUCGCCGGUGCCGGUGUGAAGCCAAAGGCCAGAUGGUUUGCUCUGCCUUGUCCUGUGGCGAGGAUGAGGUCUGCAAGAUCCAGGAUGGCCAGAGGGGCUGUUACCCAGCCAGCACUGCCCUCUGCCACAUCUACGGUGACCCACAUUACAGCACCUUUGAUGGGAAGCUCCACCACUUCCAGGGCUCCUGCAACUACACGGUGGUGACAGGCUGUGACAACUCCUCCAUCGGGUUCAGUGUCACCACCCGCAACGAACAUCGCGGCAGCCAGAGCUGGACAGCUCUGAACUCUGUGGCACUGUCCCUCGAAGGCCUCCACAUUGCACUGCGCGAGCACAAGGCAGUCUACAUCAACGGUGCUCUGGUCUCCCUGCCUGCUUCUCCUGCCCCCGGUGUGACCAUUUCCCUGAGCGGCUCCUACGUACGGGUUUCUACCAAGCUGGGCCUGCAGCUGCAGUUCAAUGGGGACCAUGAGCUCCUAGUGAAGGUGUCUGAGAAGUACAAGGGCAAACUCUGUGGGCUGUGUGGGACAUACACUGGGAGCCAGCAGGACGACUUCAUGCGACCCGAUGGGGUGGUUGUGCCUGACUUCAAUGACUUUGGAGCCAGCUGGAUGGUGCCGGAUGAGGAGUGGCUGUGCGACCCAUCCAUCAGUCCACCUGCAUCCUGCUCCCCUGAUGAAGAGGAGGCAGCUAACAAGCAGUGUUCAAUCCUCACACACCUCGGUGGCCCCUUCCAGCCUUGCCAUGCAGUUCUGCCACCCAAGACGUACUUUGAGAGCUGUGUCUAUGACCAGUGUGCCACGGGUGGCAGCACGGAGCAGCUCUGCAAUGACCUGGGGGCCUAUGCUGCAGCCUGUGCUGAGGCAGGCAUUGCUCUGGGAGACUGGAGUGCUGGCACUGUUUGUGCUCCUACAACCUCGCCCCCCUUGCCAGGCACUACAACGCGGCCUCCACAUACAACAACAUCACAGUCACCUGGGACAAGCACAGCUCCACCAACUGACUGCAAUUUUGCCUGCACAUUUGACAAGGACCUCUGUGGGUGGGUCCAGGCAGAUUCCAGCAGCAUUGACUGGAUAAGGAACAAAGGCCCAACGCCCACGCCAAAUACCGGCCCCUCGUCUGACCACACAACAGGAGAGGGCUACUACAUCUUCCUGCAAGGGACUGCUGAUGCUCUCCCCGGCUUUGUGGCUCACCUGGUCAGUCCGGCAUGUAGCUGGGAAGGAACACUCUGCUUCCGCUUCUGGUACCACAUGUACGGAACUGCUGAAACAAUGGCCCUGCGGGUGUAUGUGCAGAAGGGUGAUGAGCUAGUGCCCGUCUGGCAAGAAGUUGGGAACCAUGGAGACAGGUGGCACUUGGGACAGGUCACGGUGCAGACCACAGGAAACAUGCAGAUUUUGCUGGAGGGAGAAUGGGGUGAAGAUGAGCGGAGCAACGUAGCAUUGGAUGAUCUCUCUGUUGAAAAGGGAUCCUGUGCAGGUCCACUUCCUACAACACCCUCUACCCCACUUCCUAACAUUACAACACAGACAACACCAAGACCACCACCAACAACACCUGGGAUGACCUCAGGCACCUGUGUGGUGGAAGGAGAUCCUCACUACCACACGUUCGACAAGCAGUUACACCAUUUCAUGGGCACCUGCACCUACACCCUCUCCAAGCUGUGCGAGAGCAACAGCUCCCUGCCCUCCUUCAACGUGGAAGCGGCCAAUGAGCACAGGGGAGGCAACACUCGCGUGUCCUAUGUCCGAUACGUGGACGUUGAUGUGGCUGACCAGCGGAUAAGGCUGGGGCAGGGUGGAGUGGUGACGGUCAAUGGAGUGGCAGAGAUCCUGCCUUGCAGCCCAUCCGCGGGUGUGCAGGUCUUGUCCAGCGGGUUCUACACCAUGGUCAUGACAGACUUUGGCUUGAGAGUCAAGUUUGAUGGGAAGCAUCGGGUGGAGGUGACACUUCCGAGCACCUUUGGGCAGAAGGUUUGUGGCAUGUGUGGGAACUACAACGGGCUGGCAGCAGAUGACUUCCAGAACCCAGAAGGGGCAACGGAGCCAGACUCCACCAGCCUGGGCAACAGCUGGGAGGUGUCCAACAACAGCAGCUGCUCAGCCGGACCUCUGCCCACCCCAGCCUGCAAUGAGACCGACAAGCAACUCAUCGGCAGCAGCCAAUUCUGUGGGCUCCUCACUGACACCAGUGGCCCGUUUCAGGUGUGCCACGCUGUGCUGAACCCCAGCAACUACUUUGACACAUGCUUCUACGACCUGUGUGAGCUGGGGCUGGACCGUGAGGCCCUGUGCAAGAGCUUACAGUCCUAUGCAGAUGCCUGCCAGUCACUUGGUGUCCAGAUACCUGUGUGGAGGAACGCAACCUUCUGCCCGAUCACUUGUCCAUCCAACAGUCACUACGAGCCCUGUGCUGCAGCCUGCCCUGCCACCUGUGUGGACCCAAUGGCUCCUGUUACCUGCAGCCUGCCGUGCGUGGAGGGCUGUGUGUGUGACAGUGGGUACCUGCUCUACAAUGACCGCUGUGUGCCCAGCCAGCAGUGUGGGUGCUGGCACAAUGGGCAGCACUACCCCGUGGGCUCUGAGUUCUGGACGGACGACACCUGCUCCUCCAAGUGCACGUGUCCUGCACGGGGAAGCAAAGUCCAGUGCUUCAACGCCUCCUGCCCUGAGGGCCUGUACUGUGGGGUGCAGAACGGGAAACCUGCGUGCCUCGAACACUCCUACGGCAUCUGCCACGUCCACGGAGACCCCCACUACAAAACCUUUGACAAGGUGACGCACAACUUCAUGGGCAACUGCACCUACACGCUGGCCAAAGUGUGCUCCAACAUCACCUCCCUGCCCUACUUCAACGUGGAGGCCAAGAACGAGCACCGUGGCAACACCCGAGUGUCCUACGUGCGCGAAGUGGUGGUUGAGGUGUACGGACAGCGCAUUGUCAUCCUCAAGCAGCAGAAGAGCCACGUGCUGGUGAACGACGUGCGCCAGACGUUGCCGGUGAGUGCAGCGGGAGGGGCCAUCACGGUGAGCAAGAGUGGUCGCUACAUCGUCCUGGAGACAGACUUCAACCUCAGAGUGUCCUACGACACUGACCACUCGGUGGAGGUGAAGGUGCCCACCACCUACUUCAACCUGACCUGUGGCAUGUGUGGGAACUUCAACAACCGCAGAGACGACGAAUACAUGAUGCCCAACGGGCAGCAAGCCGCAGACUCCAAUGCGCUGGGGGAGAGCUGGCAGGUCCCAGACAGUGACCCCUCCUGCGGUGUCCCCGUCCCCUCCCCACCCUGCAGUGCAGAAGAGGAGAAGCUCUACAGGUCCGACCAGUUCUGUGGCAUACUGACAACCAGGCCUAGCUCUUUUGAGAGUUGCCACGGCGUGAUCAACCCCCAGGACUACUUUGACACCUGCUUGUAUGACCUGUGUGCCCUGAAUGGUGGCCAGGAGUUCCUGUGUGCUGCUCUGGAGGCCUAUGCUGACGCGUGCCAGGCAGCUGGUGUGACUUUGCUUCCCUGGAGGAAUGCUACCUUCUGCCCCCUUCAGUGUCCCCCCAACAGCUACUAUGACCCCUGCAUGACCGGCUGUCCUGCCACCUGUGCUGACCGACAAGCCCCACAGAACUGCUCCAAGCCUUGUGUGGAGGGCUGUGCAUGUAGCUCUGGUUUCCUCCUGAGUGGAGACACCUGUGUGCCCGAGGCCAACUGUGGCUGCCUCUUUGAGGGCAACUACUACACUGAAGGCGAAUACUCAGUGAAUGAGAACUGCACUCGCCGGUGCCGGUGUGAAGCCAAAGGCCAGAUGGUUUGCUCUGCCUUGUCCUGUGGCGAGGAUGAGGUCUGCAAGAUCCAGGAUGGCCAGAGGGGCUGUUACCCAGCCAGCACUGCCCUCUGCCACAUCUACGGUGACCCACAUUACAGCACCUUUGAUGGGAAGCUCCACCACUUCCAGGGCUCCUGCAACUACACGGUGGUGACAGGCUGUGACAACUCCUCCAUCGGGUUCAGUGUCACCACCCGCAACGAACAUCGCGGCAGCCAGAGCUGGACAGCUCUGAACUCUGUGGCACUGUCCCUCGAAGGCCUCCACAUUGCACUGCGCGAGCACAAGGCAGUCUACAUCAACGGUGCUCUGGUCUCCCUGCCUGCUUCUCCUGCCCCCGGUGUGACCAUUUCCCUGAGCGGCUCCUACGUACGGGUUUCUACCAAGCUGGGCCUGCAGCUGCAGUUCAAUGGGGACCAUGAGCUCCUAGUGAAGGUGUCUGAGAAGUACAAGGGCAAACUCUGUGGGCUGUGUGGGACAUACACUGGGAGCCAGCAGGACGACUUCAUGCGACCCGAUGGGGUGGUUGUGCCUGACUUCAAUGACUUUGGAGCCAGCUGGAUGGUGCCGGAUGAGGAGUGGCUGUGCGACCCAUCCAUCAGUCCACCUGCAUCCUGCUCCCCUGAUGAAGAGGAGGCAGCUAACAAGCAGUGUUCAAUCCUCACACACCUCGGUGGCCCCUUCCAGCCUUGCCAUGCAGUUCUGCCACCCAAGACGUACUUUGAGAGCUGUGUCUAUGACCAGUGUGCCACGGGUGGCAGCACGGAGCAGCUCUGCAAUGACCUGGGGGCCUAUGCUGCAGCCUGUGCUGAGGCAGGCAUUGCUCUGGGAGACUGGAGUGCUGGCACUGUUUGUGCUCCUACAACCUCGCCCCCCUUGCCAGGCACUACAACGCGGCCUCCACAUACAACAACAUCACAGUCACCUGGGACAAGCACAGCUCCACCAACUGACUGCAAUUUUGCCUGCACAUUUGACAAGGACCUCUGUGGGUGGGUCCAGGCAGAUUCCAGCAGCAUUGACUGGAUAAGGAACAAAGGCCCAACGCCCACGCCAAAUACCGGCCCCUCGUCUGACCACACAACAGGAGAGGGCUACUACAUCUUCCUGCAAGGGACUGCUGAUGCUCUCCCCGGCUUUGUGGCUCACCUGGUCAGUCCGGCAUGUAGCUGGGAAGGAACACUCUGCUUCCGCUUCUGGUACCACAUGUACGGAACUGCUGAAACAAUGGCCCUGCGGGUGUAUGUGCAGAAGGGUGAUGAGCUAGUGCCCGUCUGGCAAGAAGUUGGGAACCAUGGAGACAGGUGGCACUUGGGACAGGUCACGGUGCAGACCACAGGAAACAUGCAGAUUUUGCUGGAGGGAGAAUGGGGUGAAGAUGAGCGGAGCAACGUAGCAUUGGAUGAUCUCUCCGUUGAAAAGGGAUCCUGUGCAGGUCUGCCAACACCAACACCCACGAGGCCUGUGCCAGGCACCACAACACAGCCUGUACUCACCACCUCACCAACCAGACCCACUCCCACAUCAGGUCGUGCUUCCUGCAGCGCCUCUGGGGAUCCACAUUAUAACACUUUUGACCACAAAGUCCAUAAUUUCAUGGGAAAUUGCACUUAUACCCUCUCCAAAGUAUGCACUGUCUCUGAGAGUCUUCCAUACUUUGAUGUGUCCACAACAAAUGAGCACAGAGGAGCCAACACCAAAGUCUCUUACGUGAAGUCAGUGCAUGUGGAAGUCUAUGACAAUCAGAUUUCUCUUCUGAAAAACAAGAAAGUGAAUGUGAAUGGUCGCAGAAUGAACCUGCCUGUAUUUAUGGAAAAGAAGAUCAGUAUUCAAAGCAGUGGUGGAUAUGUUCUACUGGAAACUGACUUUGGGCUGUGGGUGAGAUAUGAUGGAAAUCAUUACGCAGAAGUCUCUGUGCCCUCUAAUUACAGUGGUCUGCUCUGUGGCCUUUGUGGUAAUUAUAAUGGUGAUCCAAAUGAUGACAAUAUAAAGCCCAAUGGUGACACUGCAAGCGGUUCCACUGAUCUUGGAGAAAGCUGGCUUGUGCCUCAGAAUAACACCAUAUGCUCCAGUGGUGGGACAGAAGAGCAAUGUGAUCCUGUGUUGGAGAGUGAAGCGGAGAAAAACACAGCAUGUGGCAUGAUCACAGACCCAACAGGAAUCUUCAAGGACUGUCACACCAAGGUGCCUCCACAGAAUUUCUUUGAAAACUGUGUUUAUGAUGUAUGUUUCACUGGGGGACAGGCAACAUCCUUAUGCUAUGGACUGCAGGCCUAUGCUGAAUCUUGUGUCAAUGCUGGGAUAUGUAUAGAGUGGAGGAAUGCUACUCUUUGCCCAAUGUCCUGUCCUGGAGGCAGCAUCUACAAGAGCUGUGGUACUAGGUGUCCCUCUACCUGUUUGAACAUCUCAGCAACUGAUUCCUGCAAUUCUUUGCCAGUGGAAGGUUGCUUCUGUAAGGAAGGCUACGUUUUGAGUGGAGACAAAUGUGUGCCAGAAAGCAACUGUGGUUGUAUUGAUGAAAAAAACCAGUAUCACCAGCUGAACGAAAGCUGGUUCACCCGUUAUCCCUGCACUGAGCGCUGCGCGUGCAAGGCAAAUAACACUAUUGAGUGCAAAUCCUGGGAAUGUGGAGUCCAAGAGGAGUGCAGUAUUCAGGAUGGUGUGCUGGGCUGUCAUUCCAAUGGUCAAGCCACAUGUCAAGUGGUAGGAGAUCCCCAUUAUUUCACUUUUGACGGAAUGAAGUACACUUUCGUGGGAACCUGCACCUACACUUUGGUUGAGGUUGUCAACACUGCCACCAAUGUCAUUCCUAUAACCAUACUUGGCAAGAAUGAAGACAGAGGACUAAGAGGGGCCACAUACCUGAAAGAAGUCUACAUAGAUGUGCAUGGUGUACGAAUCACCCUUCAGAAAAACAAAGGAAUCCUGCUGGACAAUGAGAGAGUCUACACUCCAGUGCAGAACCGACUGCAAGGGGUAUCCAUUGGAAAUGUUGGCAGAUUUAUAGUAGUGGAAACCGACUUUGGUGUGAUAGUGAAAUAUGACGGCAAUCACCAUCUGGAGAUCACCCUCCCACGCUCUUAUUUCUCACAGGUGCAUGGCAUGUGUGGCAAUUUCAAUGGUAAUCGUGAAGAUGAUCUGUCCUUGACCAAUGGUACAGUUGUCACUGCCCCACAGUUUGGAAAUAGCUGGGAAGUGGAGAAAGACAGUGAUAAGGGUUGUUUGCCAGACUUAAGAGAAGAUGAUAAUCCUCCUUGCACUGCUGAGAAUAAACAAGUCAUUGAAGGACAGUGCAACGUUCUAAAAUCAGACAAAUUCAAAGUAUGCCAUAGUCUAGUCAACCCUGACGACUUCAUAGAGAUCUGCAUCUAUGAUAUGUGCCAGUAUGAUGGUAUGAAGUCUGCUCUCUGUGACAUAGUUCAAGUCUAUGUUGAGACCUGCAAGAAUCAUGGAAUCACCAUUAAAUGGAGAAAUAGUACAUUCUGUCCAUUGCCCUGCCCAUCCCACAGCCACUACAAAGACUGUGUCUCUCCCUGCCCGUCAACAUGCAGUGACAUUUUUGCCUCUUCCCUUUGUGAGAAGACAGAAGAGUGCACAGAGGGCUGUGAAUGUGAUGAUAAUUAUGUGCUCAGUAAUGGCAACUGUGUGCCUCUCAGCAGUUGUGGCUGCAGGGAUGAUGACAACAAUUACUACAACGCUGGGGAGACAUGGAUAACUCCACACUGCACCAAAAGAUGCCAGUGCCAGAAGAAUGGUGUCAUCAGCUGUAAGAGCUAUAGCUGUGAUUCUAGAGAAACCUGCGUGAUCAAAGAUGGAAAACACAAGUGCAAUCCAACAGGUUUUGGGAGAUGCCAGGUCAUGGGCGACCCACACUACGUCACCUUCGAUGGACUGGUGCACCACUUUCAAGGGAAAUACACGUAUAUUCUGGCUCAGACCAUCCCUGACUUACCUGACACUCUGACACAGUUCAGCAUUGAAGGCAUGAACUAUCCUUUACGUGGAAGUCGACACAUUACUUACCUGAAAGAGAUGCUCAUCAAUGUUUACAACCACACAGUGCGAUUCAGACAGAACAAGCAGGUUCUGUUGGAUGGUGUGAGGGUGAGGCCCCCUGUUCGGCCUCAUGAAGGUAUUCGUAUAUAUCAGAGGACAACAAGAAUUUACCUGGAGACAGAUUUUGGCUUAUACCUGAGCUUUGAUGGCAAUCAAAAUGCAGACAUAAAGCUGGCUACCACCUACAGAAGCAGAGUGGAAGGCUUGUGUGGAGACUUUGAUGGGAGAUACAGAAAUGACUUCACAAAUCCAGAUGGUGUUUGGGUGAGGAAUGUGAAUGUAUUUGGUGAAAGCUGGAAAGUUCCUCUGAAAAGAAGCUCUCGUCUCAGACGAGAUAUCAACUCAGAAAAUGAAUCUGAGGAGGAACCAGAUCCAGGACUUUUCCAAGGCUGCAAUGAAAAUCAGCUGGAGCAGCAAAACACAACUUCAAGAUGUCGAAUCCUGACUGACUUAAAUGGCCCUUUUACCAAAUGUCAUUCUGCAGUCCAACCAGAUUUCUAUUUCACGAGCUGCCUGUUCGAUAUGUGUGUGGAAGGAGAUGAGGUUGCUACCUUGUGUCGCAGUCUGGAGGAAUAUGUGCUGGCUUGUCAGCAGCAAGGAGUCAGCAUGGAUGGCUGGAGGCAACAGACAGACUGUGGUAUAUCAUGUCCUGCCAACAGCAAGUACAGCUCAUGCAUGUCUGCAUGCCCAGCAUCCUGCAACGACCUGACCAGCCCCUCUGAGUGUGAAUCACCCUGUGUUGAAGGCUGUGAAUGCCUCCCUGGUUAUGUUCUUAGUGGCUUUGACUGUGUGCCUUACAAAGAGUGUGGCUGCACAUACCUUAACAAAUACUAUGAGAUUGGAGAAAUAUUCACCACUGAUGACUGUUCUCAGAAAUGCCAGUGCACAGAAAGCUCCACUGUUUUCUGCUCUGACGAAGUGUGUGGGUCUGGUGAAAUCUGUGGCAUUUCAAACUACAGUCAUGGAUGCUACAGGAGUGGCCCAUGUAUGCCAAAUCCUUGUAAGAAUGAUGGCAUUUGCUCUGAAACUACCAACAGCACCUCCCUCCACUUCUGUGAAUGUUCUGAACUCUACACCGGACCAAACUGCGAGGCUGAAAAAAUAGCUGAAGACCCUGACACAGAGGAUUCAGACCACACAAUUGCCAUCGUCAUCGGAGCUGUGGCAGGUGUAGCUGUUAUUGUCAUUCUCAUCUCCUCUACAGUGUACCUGUUCAGAAGGAAGAGAAAGGCGGAUACAGUUACAGUGACAAGGGAUUCUUCUUUGAACGAAUGGCCCACGGAAAAAUUGGAUGCCAGAGUACGUGAGCAAGAUUAUGGCUGCAUUGUGAACAGUGCAUUUGAUCAAAAUGAAUCCCCAAAUACAUACCUAUAGUUAACAAUAUUAUUCCUAUUCAUUUGUCAUACUUUUUAGUCUUUUUAGUCUUGUAUUUUAAUUAUUUCUAAU